GAAGCCGGAGUAAAGUUUGUCCAAGUUGCACAUCCCUUCGGAAACGCCAUUUUGAUUCCUCUCCUCUCCGGAGCAAGUUUGCAGCCUCUCUCUCUCUUUCUCCCUUCUUUUUUUUUUUCUCUCUUCAUCCCCCUUUAUCAUCCACCAUCACAGCCGUUCAUCAUCAUCAUCUCCCCCCACUACCACCACCAUCAUCAUCCUCGCCACGAUGUCUCGGCGCAAGCAGCCCAACCCCAACAAAGUCAAGCUGUGAGCAGUGGUUGCAGACACACACACAACAACAGCAAACCCCGCCCCCUCCCGCAUCGCCCCCGAGCGACACGAGCGAGCGAGCGUUGCUUUACGAAAGAGGACGGCGGUCAUGGAAAACUGCACAGAGGAGCAGCGAGAAGACCUGAACGAGGAGUCGGGGCUAACGGCGCUGACGGAGGAGAAGACGCGCAAUAAACUCAAAGCGAUCAACGGAGUGAUGGAGGAGGCAGCGAGCGGAGGAGAGAAGCUACAGAACGGAGACAGAGGAGGAGGAGGAGGAGGAGGAGGAGGAGGAGGAGGGAUGGCCGGAGCGGACGGGGGCGGAGACCUGUCCUCCAUCAACGCCAUGAUGUCAGCCGUGAUGUCAGCAGCAGGGACCAUCAACGGCGAUGGCGGAGGAGACGGCGAGGGAGAGAGCGGAGUCACGUCGGCCAACUCCUCCGCCGGGCCGUCGCCGAGCCCCUCCCCCAACAAGUCGCUCACAGGGGCCCUGAGAGCCCCGCCUACCCGCAACGCACGACGCACCCAGGACACCAAAGACGACAGCUUAGCUUUUAUCUGUCCGCUGUGUGACAAGAACUGUCUAACACAACACCAGCUCACCAUGCACAUCAGACAGCACAACGCCGACGCCGGGGCGACGGACCACUCCUGCAGCAUCUGUGGGAAGUGUUUGAGCUCGGCCUCGUCGCUCGACCGACACAUGCUGGUCCACAGCGGGGAGAGACCGUACAAGUGCAACAUCUGUGGACAGACCUUCACCACCAACGGCAACAUGCACAGACACAUGAAGAUCCAUGAGAAGGACCCGGCCAGCGGUCUGCUCCCCGUUAGCCCGCCAUCCCCCAACAAACGCCGCCGUCCGUCCGUCAAGAGGAGGCAGGGUCCGGAGGAGGAGAGUGGAGACGAGCCACCCAGCAAGAAGGUGGUGGAUGAUGCUGCUGUGGAGGAGUCAGCAGCAGUGCUGCGUGGAGCUGAGGAGGAGCUGCUGCCCUGUCCCAUCUGCUUCAAGACCUUAAACUCCAGACUGGAGCUGGACGCACACAUGGACACACACCCCGACACCGCACUGAGGUGUGACUUCUGCUGCCUGUCGUUCCGAACUCACCGCGGUUUGUUGCGUCACAACGCGGGCGUUCAUAAGAUCCUCCCCCAGGACCCCAGCGGCCACCCCUUCAUCCAGAACAACCCCUCCAUCCCCACCGGCUUCAACGACCUGGCCUUCAUAGACUUCUCCUGCAAGAAGUUCGCUCACAUCGCACAGGUCUGGUGCGAGACAAACCUCCGUCGCUGUAUCAGCAAGUUCCACCGGUUCGUCUGUGAUUGCUGCGACAAGGCGUUCCCCCUUCGCUCGGCCCUGGACCUCCAUAAAACCAUCUCCCACGCCGACAAACCCGCCGACAAUGGCACGCAGGAAAUGGAAGAGGAGGCGGAGGACGGAGCCGCUGAAAACGGCGACGAUGACGACAGUCCGGACGCUGAGAAAGAAGUCCCGCCCUCGGAGCAGGCCAGCUUCUUGGAAGCGCUGGGUCUUCAGCACGUUUCUCAGGUGAAGUCCGGUCCCACAGAUGAUGAGAUCCAUCAGGCGCACCUGGACAGCAUCAAGGUGAUCCACGUGGAGCCGCCGUCCUCCAGCCUCCCCCAGGAGCCGGCCUCGGCCUACCUGUCCGGGGGCCUGGGGCUGACGUUGGGGCUUGGCGUGGGCGGCCUGGCUGCCCUCAGCAUCCCGCUGCUGGAGGCCUCGGGCUCCGCCUCCGCCCUGCAGGGCCUCUCGCAGAAAGACGCCCUGAGCCUGCUCUCCCUGCAGCCCUUCCAGAGCGGCUUCCUCCUGCAACCGGACGGCAGCGCCGCAACAGCCAGCGCCGCGUCGUCGGGGGUCAAACCCGGCGAGGCGGGCGGCGCCGGGAUCAUGGAGCUGGCAGACAUUCAGCAGAUACUCAAAGUGGCGAGUUCAGCGCCCAAUCAGAUGGGGCUGUCCCUCCCACCUUUGGCUAAAGCUCCGGGAUUUGCGGGAGGUCAAGGUCAAGGCCAGAAGGCGAUGCCUCCGCUGAAGCCCAAACCUCCCAUCACCCCUCGCUCCAGCCUCACGGCGACGACUCCCCCCCCGCUCCAGAGCUCCCAGCAGGCCUCGCUGGGCUGCAUCAGCCCCAGCCUGCCGCCUCCCACCCCAACUCUCUUCAAAACGCCCUCCUCUUCCUCGUCGUCCUCCUCGUCGGCCGGCAACGGAGGCCAGUUGGACGCAGAGUGCAUGGGAGACGCUCACACGCCCCUGUCGGAUUCGCCGCCAGCUGCUACCACAGCGGUGCACGAAGAGGCCGGGCGAAGCGGGAGAAACGCCAACGCCGGCUCUGCCACAGGCUCGUUCCCAUGCCGAUUCUGCGACCAGGUGUUUGCCUUCUCCGGCGUCCUGCAGGCUCACAUGCGCUUCCACCUGGGCAUCCUCCCCCACCAGUGCAACAUCUGCGACUACGUGGCGCCGGACAAAGCCACGCUGAUCCGACACCUGCGCACGCACAGCGGCGAGCGGCCCUACGUCUGCCGCGUCUGCCACUACCCUUUCACCGUCAAGGCCAACUGCGAGCGCCACCUCCGGAAGAAGCACGCCAAGACGUCGCGGAAGGACAUCGAGAAAAACAUCAAGUACGUCACCUCCACCACCACGGCCAACCUCGCCUCAGCGAUCACCGCGGCAACGACCACCACCACCCAGGACACGGAGACGGGCUGCGCCGGAGCUGAGACGACGUGCCGUUUCUGCGGCGAGGACCUGAAGACUUACCGAGCGCUGCAGAUCCACCUGCGCACGCACAACGGCUGCCAGAGGAAGCCGUUUGAGUGCCGCCGCUGCGGCGCGGCCUUCCUGGCCAAACGCAACUGCAUCCACCACCUGCUCAAGCAGCACCCCGAGGUGCAGGAGAGGGAGAUCGAAGAGCACAUCGCCACGCUCCUUCCUGCCGCCGCAGCCGUCGCGACCGUAGCUGCCGUCGCCUCUGCACGCGCCACUCCGGUGAAUCCGAGAACGCUCAACGGGAUCAAUCAGACCCCGAUUCAGGCGCUCCAAGCGGUCAAGUUGGAGGCGAACAUGGUUUAUCCAGCAGAGCUGGACCAGCCUCUGGACUUCUCCGCCAAAAGUCUUGGAGCCGGCAGCCAGGCGGGGUCUCCUGGCAUCAAACUGGAGAGCGUCUCGCCGAGCUUCGACUGCUCCAUCCUGGACCAGCCCAUCGAUCUGUCCGUCCCCAGCAAGAGGCAGCGGAGGGAGGAGAAGAGGGAGAUCAAGACGGAGCUGAGCGGUAGCAGCAUCGUGGAGCAGCAGCAGGCUCUGGCUCUGUCCAGGGAGGAGAAGGCAGCGAGCACGCUGCCUCCUCUCCACCCUCACCCGCAGCUCGGCUGCUACCAGCUCCCCCCUGGCUCCACCCCUCCCCCCACGGCCUCGCUUAGCAACGCUACGCGAGCGCAGCGCCUCAAGCCCCUGCUCCCCAAACCGGCGUCCUCGGCGGCCACAUCCUCGCCCUCCUCCGCAGCCAUCAAGGAGCUCCCCCCUCUGGCGUCCAUCGCUCAGAUCAUCCACUCUGUCUCCGGAGCGCCAGACCUGCUGAAGAGAGAGGCCGCCUCCACUGCCGCCGCGCUGGACGUCAAACCCCACGCGGUCGUCGCUCCCUCUCUGGCCGAGGCCGCCACAGACGCCCCGGGACCCUCCGCGGUCAUGGAGACGCCAAGUGACGAAACGUCCGAGGUAUCCUCAAGGAAGCGGUCCAGGAAGAAGCCUGCUGCCCUGGCAGUGAAGGAGAAAGCCGUUGCGAGCGCCGGCAUCGACCUGGAGUCCAGCGGGGAGUUUGCCAGCGUGGAGAAGAUGCUGGCCACCACGGACGCCAACAAGUUCAGCCCCUACCUGCAGACCGGAGCUGCAGACCUGGGAGGAAAGAGAGAUGACAGAGCAGGAGGAGGGGAGGAGAAGGAGGGAGGAUCGAGGGAGGAGGUGAAGCCGGCGACCGUCGGGCCGCAGUCCAAAGGGAAGAAGAACGCGUACUCCAACUCGGUCCAGAAGAUGACCUGCCCCUUCUGCCCCCGAGUGUUUCCCUGGGCCAGCUCGCUGCAGAGACACAUGCUGACACACACCGGCCAGAAACCGUUCCCCUGUCCGAAGUGCGACGCCUUUUUCUCCACCAAAUCCAACUGUGAGCGCCACCUGCUGAGGAAGCACGGCGUGACCCACCGAACGCUGCGACGAAACGGCGCCCUCGCCAAGAAAGACGGAGACGAGGGCUCACAAGAGAGCGCAGAGAGUCAGUCAGAGACGGAGCAGACGGCACCAGAGGCACAAGACCUCAGCGGCGCCAACACCUCCACUGACUCAGGCUCCGCCCCUUCAUCCGAGAGCCCCACCCCUUCAGACCACCAGGGGGCGGAGUCAUCUCAGUCAAGCCCCUCCCACAAACCAAGCCCCGGUUGCAGUCCGGCUGGCGGCUGUGCAGAGCAGCAGGAGACAGAAACCACAGAGCAGCAUUCAGACCUGCAGGGGGCGCCAGAGACCAGAGCAGCACACAGCAACAGCACCAAGGCUGAGAGCGCAGACGACGACGACUGCCACAGCAACAAAAGUCUGGACCUCAACUUCGGCAAAAAGCUGAUCGACUUCAAGCUCUCGGCAUCCUCAGGCCCCGCUCAGGAAGAACAUCCUGCGUCCUCUUCCUCAUCCUCCUCUUCCUCAUCGUCCUCUACCUCUGCUCCGCACGUAGCGACAGAGAGCCCAGAGAAGGAGAAACACGCUACGAGCUCCUCCUCCAGCAGCGCGGCGGCCAAGCAGCAGCCCGAGUACAAACACGUGUGCCGAGUGUGCAAGAAGAGCUUCCGUUACGCCACCACGCUCGCUCGCCACGAGCGGGCGCACCUCUCCGAGGAGACGCCAACCCCAGCCGUAGAGGAGGAGGCCCCGCCGUCGAAGGACGAGGCGUCGGAGAGCGCCGCAAAACCGACAGACGACGACGAAGAGGAGGAGGAGGAGAAAGAGGCGGAGAUGGAGGCGGAGGCCGAGGAAGCCGACGGGAGGGGAGCGGAGAGCGAGGGAGGAGACAGCGGAGAGUCGGAGGAGGAGGAGAAGGAGAAGGAGGAGAGGAGCGACGAGGAGGCGUCAGAACCAAAGAGUUUGGAGGGAGGAGAGGCGACGGGGAGACGAGUGGACAAGAGGAAGAAGAUCUGCAAUGUCUGCGGGAAAAGAUUCUGGUCCCUGCAGGACCUGACCCGACACAUGAGGUCACACACAGGUGAGCGGCCCUACCAGUGUCAAACCUGCGAGCGGACGUUCACCCUGAAGCACAGCCUGGUCCGCCACCAAAGGAUCCACCUCAAGCCCCGCGGAGCCGACGGAGCGUCGGCUGGCAACGACGACGCCAGCGAGGACGGAGACUCCUGCGCCCACACGCCGCCCUCCACCUGCCCGCCCUCGGAGAACGAGAGCGAGUGUGGCAGCAGCGUCGCGGCCGCCGGGGGCAAAGAGCUGGAGGAGGAGGACGAGGAGGACGUGAAAGAGGAGGGUGAGGAGGCAGAAUCCACCACGCUGGAGGAAGUAAGCGCCGCGAAACAAGCCGAGUCUGGCGCGGACUCAGAACCCCCGACAACCGUCGCUUCUGGAGAGCUGCACGCUGAGGAGAAGUCUGAACUUUCUGCAGAGUCUGCGACGCAACAGCCCUCCACCGACGGCGACACGACUCCCAGCCAACAAGCUACUGACACAAAGAAAACUACUAGCGGCGACGACGACAACGUGAAAUCGACGCCCGAAUCAAACUUCUCCAAAGACCCCUCUCCCUCGUCCUCCAGCGCUCUGCCAGAGGAGUCCGUGGCAGCUGCCCCCGCAGAUGGCUUCAUCCAGGGGCUGCUGGAGAUCCACGCCAAGCCCCCUCUGGAGCACAUCCUGCCCAACGGAGAGCCUCCUCUGGUCGGGGUAGACUGAGGGAAACUCCCCUCCCCGGCUGUCUGAACCAACGUCACCACAGUGCCAUACCACGGAAUAGACGCUACACCAUUGAUGAAGAUGAUGAUGCAAAAACCAGCCCGGAAAACCUUUUUUUUUGAUAGAAAGACGAAAACCUCGUUUUCUUGAAGUGCCUUACUACUAGUCAUACUUCUAAGAGAUGUUUUUUGCUAUAUCUUUAUCUGCAUUAUUACAGAAGAUGGAUCUAAUUUUUAUAGCUUUUUAUGAUAACAAUGAUUUGCAUUACUAUUUUUUUUGUGCGGGGAAUCUAUAUUUCAGCAAUAAAAAAGAAUAAAGUUAUGAUUUAUUAUCGUUCUAGAUUCUGUUUGAGAAUUGAUGAUCAACUUAGGAGACGCAGAGGGACAGAGACUGAGAUGGACUGUCGGUAUCUGCGUUUAUUCUUCUGUAUUUAAAUCACAGCUCGGCUCCGGCCACACAACAGAGACUGAACAAUCCGAUUUUAACAUUUCAACCAACUUCGGAUUUUAGAGCGGGCUAGUCAGGGUGGGGAACUUUUCGUGUCUGCCAGCCACAGCCACUUUCCAAAAUUCACCAGCCACUUCUCCGGCUUGACCAGCUGUUUAAAUAUUGUUUGGAUGAAAUGAAACUCGGAGAGGGGGAUGGCUGUUAGGCUGCCAAAGUGGCUGCUUGAACCCAGUUUCACCUGAGAAAUCAUGACUUCCACAGGUGGCUUGUGGUCGUCGCUUAACGGUGCAACGAAGGAAGAUUUUUGUAACUGGAAAACAUAAGAAAGGUCGGCACUCGUUGACGUCCUUUCGGCUCGCUUCCGCACCGAUCCUCGUCUCUCGGCUGGCUCACGAAAACACACGAAAACAUUCACGAACUUGUCAAAGUCGCAUCCGAUUUCUGUGUGAAAAAGAACUCCUGAAAGGGCAGAUAUAGUGUUGAUCAGUUUGUGUUCUACAUGUUUUUAAACCCAUCACACUAUUGAUCCCUUUUAUCCCUCAAAGCCACCCUGUGAGUUGGUUUGUGUGUUAAUAAUUUCUCAUUCACAAUCAUUCUCAGUUGAUUCCAUGUGUGUACAGAGAGUUGAACAUGUGGCACGUGAUGCUAGAGUAUUUUUUUUUUUUGUGGGGUGUGUGUGCGAUUAUCAGUGACAUUUAGGUGUAGGGAGGGGAAUUCUUGUUUUGUGGAUUUUUUUUAUAACUGAACAAAUCAAUUUUUCUUGUGUGUGUGCGAAUGUGUGUGUGCGAAUGUGUGUGACUCCCGCCUGUCUGUCAUCAUCGCCCCCCUAGUGUUUAUUUAGGGUCUAUUACAGGGCCUCCAGUGUGCUAUCGCCGCUAACGCGUUACCCAGGUUCAGUAUACCUCAACUUCUGCUUCUUAACUGCAACCAUUAAAACAACAGAUGAGCAGCUCUGUAGGCAACCCUUUAACUCAUGUCUUCCUAAACAGGGCUAGCAAGGGCUAAUUCGUCGCUAGCCUGGUUUCCACUGUGGGCCAAAUCAGAGCUAGCCAGGGCUAAAUCAUUAGCGUGGCUUCAAACACAGCUAGCAAAGGCUAACUUAACUAAGUCAUUACUGGCGUGGCCUCCGCAAAGGCCCAAACUAACCAAGCAGCUAACCAAUGCUAACUCAGUAUCAACAACAUUGUAAUGGACCGCAAAGUCAUUACUACACACAGGAAAGCUUCAGCUUUGUCCGCUUAGUGUUCACCACGCCUUUUUAAAAUGGCUAACACUAGCUAGCUGUUGUUUUAGCCUGCGAUAGCUUAACAGACAUCAGCGACAGAGUCAAACAAAAGCUAACUAGGGCUUACUGACUAAACCAGACAAAGUUAACCCAGCUACCAAUGCCUUAAUUUGCUUAAUGUCUCUCGUAUGCGUUAUUAUGGACCCCCACGUAACUUCUAGGCAAGUCCCACCCUACGAAGCAGGCCGAUUGGUUGGGCUUAGGCAGUGACCUCGAGUGGUUAAGGUUCGGAUAGCCAACUGGUCAGGGGAUAAGACCUGAAAAAAUUGGGUUACGUCACCUUGCAUUAGCAUGGACGCCUGGCUAAUAGUAGCGUGUGAAUGCUAUUGAAGGGCUUAUCUAGAAGUUGCGUGGGUUCCAUAAUAACGCGUCUUGUACGGCCAGUUAGCCCUAGCUAGCUCUUAUCAUUAGCCUUAGCUUCAUGCAGGGGACCCACUAGGCUUAAAACCCAUGCUAGCUAUGGCAAGCUGACCGGACACCUUAACCAAGCUAACAAUGGAUUAGCUCAGUUAGCUUGUUUUGCUAUGGUCAGUUAGCUCUAGCUAUCGUUAACCUUUUUCCUGAGAUUCGAUUAGUGGUGUCUAAGACUUCAACCACAGGGUAAAAACACACGCUAGCUGUGGCUAACUGACCAGACCAGACAUUGCUAAGUUGGUUAACUGCAUUUUGAGCUAACAGCUGGUCUAGCUAGUCUCCUUCCAGUAUUAUCUUAGUAUCUUGAGUUGGCCCUGGAGCGCUUUGGUACUGUUUGUCCUUAUUUAGCCCAGUCUUCUACCAUGUGAAAAGCAAUUUGAGGACAAACUGAAUUUGGCGGUAGAGACAAUCAGUUUUUUCCCCCGAUUUAUUUUUUACAAACCCCUCUGUUGAAUCUCAGUAGAUUUCCAGAAGGAGCUAGAUGACGGGGUGAAAGAGAUGGAUAGAUGGAUGGAUGGAGGGUAGGAUGGAUGAAUGGAGGGUAGGAUGGAUGGAUGGAUGGGUAGGUUGUGGGGGUGGGGGUGUGUUCCUGGACUGUAUUACCCUGCUGCACACACAAACAAACACAAAGGGCUAAUUCCACCCCCUCGCACCAACCCAACAUUUCCACAACAGAAAACAGGCAGUGAAGUUCUGAUCACUUAUUGAUCCUUAUAAAUCACAACCAGAGGGGACGGGUAGUGUGUAUGUGCAUUGUCUUUGUCGUGUGAAGAUGAAUAUAGCUAAUUUUUCUUCUUGUACAUUUACGUUUUCUGUUUUUUUUUUUUUUUUUUUUUUAAUAUAUAUAUAUAUAUAUCAAGCAACCUCAUAAUCAAAAACGAAUCGAACCUCAGUGGCUCAUAACGGAACUGUAAAGCAGCGACGGGCGGACAUUUAAGUCAGUCCAACUGAAAAUAUUGAACAACCACAACUGGACUGACUGACUGACUGACUGGACGCUGCUGUGAACUGGCACUAACAAUUUCCAAAACUACUACUACUACUUCUACUACUAGUACUACUACAGUGGAAUAUCGCGACACAAUCAAGAGAAGAGAGUGAGAGAGUUUCCCACUGGUUUUUUUAAGUGGUCAGGACUCCAAAAGUAUUGAGUCCCAGCUCUUAGCAGGAGUGUGUUUGAAGGAUAAUUUCACUUUGAAGCAAUCAAUGCAGAAUAAAAUAUCACUUUCUCCAAAUGUAGAGCGCUGUAACUGUGUUGUGGCUCUUCAAUCCUGUCCGAAUGUACCCAUGAAAGUUAGGGAGGAACUGAAAAUGAAAUAGAUGUGUCAAUGCAGGAUGAGCAUCUCUGUUAAUGAAAAUGCUUUCAGGGGUUUCAUGUUUGGAGUUUGACGGUGACAAGAAUGCUAUAGAUUUUGGUCUGAAUUGAAAAUGGCUGCUGUUAACUUACUAGAACCCACCAAGCCCAAAAUGUCCUCACAACUCACUGUUUGUAGUCUUCAGCAGCAAAGGAUUGAGUUCCAAAACAUGAACAUUGAUUGGCAGAAAUAAUCAAGAUGUCUACUUUUUAAAAAACACAUAAAAAUAAAGUUUUUUAACAGUUUUAGUGCCUCAUGAAAUAGUUAAUGCAAGAAGAUUGGUGACCUAAAUCAAGAGACUACUCGCCAGAACGCGCUAGAGCGAGUCAGUUACAAUCUGUGUGACUUUACAGUCAGAGCUGAAGUCCUUGCUAACUGUCAUUUAUUAAUUUGGAAGCUAACGGGACGAUAAGUUCUCUAAGGGCUGUCCUCAACUAAAGAAACUCUUACGUAGUCGCCUUACACUCAGACGUUUUGGCGAUUUGUUGAUUUACUCGACAGAUCUGGAAAAGAAAGUUUCUCCAAAAAAGAUGCAAAAGCGCCGCUUUAAAUCUUGUGUUUACCAGAGAAUUGCUCUCACGUUUCUUGGAAAUAGGUCCUUGACCAUGAAAACAACCUAAAACGUGACUAAGCGACUAAAGAAAUCAUAGUUGAGUAAGACCCAAACGCUCUUAAAGUUCACACAACUUACCUCAGAAAGGUUUUCAUACCAUUAAAUCCUGAUUCCGUUUUUGCGGAGCAGUUUAUACUCAGUGAGGAAGGUUUUUUAAAAAAAAACAACUAAAUGAUGCUAGUGUACAUGGCUAAUAACUGUCGAAAUGGCAUCUAUUGCUCAGUGGCCCAAAUGUGCAUUUCAUAUUCAACCAGUUUAAAGUCUCGCUGCAUGUCAAAGUCCACCAAAGUUUUACGUGAGGCGUAAAAAAACUUGCACGAAUUAACUCGAGCGAAUCAACUGAUCGCGACAAAUCUUUUGGAAUGAAUUGAUUUGGCAGCAGUACAAACAUUAAUAUGAAGUGCCAUUGGUACAUGGUAAAACAUUAGAUUUGGUUUAAAUAUUCCAGCAUGUUGAAGUUUUCUUGAGGUUAAGCGCAAUCGCUUUACAAGAAGACUGUCAACUACUCCUAAUUUAGGGAAACUGGGCUCCUUUUCAAAGAUUUUUGGGACCCUAGCAAAGCGCUUGUGUGUUGUAUAAUUCCUGGCCUGCCAUUCACAGACGGUCAUUUUUGGCAUUUUGGUUUCCAAGCCGUUGUUGUUAGCUCCUGUGUGCGAGAUCGGAGGGAUAUUGCCACUGUCGGCCACCUGUGCCUGAUGCCUGGUGGGCCACAUUGGUCAUCAGCAGCUCACGAAAAUCUGGAUUGGUGCCUCGAUGUAUUUGUUUAUAUUUGGAAAAAAAAUAAAAAAUAAAAACCGCUUAAUCACGAAACCCCGAAACAACAUCUGUUCUUAGGCUACGGCUGAAUGGCUUUGAAAGUCUUUGAAUUAUUCUGGACUACGUUGGAGUUAUGAGGUAUUCAUUUCGACUUUUGAUGUUUUUUUAAACUGUUUAUAUCUGUGUAGAAACUCUCUUUCUCUCUCUCAACUGUUUAAUGUUUUGUCAGCUCUAUCUUUACACCCCUCUCCCUCGAGAGCGUGCAUUAAUGUACGUCUGACUUGUGUGCAUGCGUGUGGGUGUGUGUCUGUCUGUGUGCGUGCGUGUUUGUGCACGGCCAUAUGAAUACUGGACUUCCAUUCGAAUGCACGUGGACUGUUUUUAAAUGUAUUUAUUUGGAGCCCAGGUGUGUGUGUGUUUGUGUGUGUGUCUGUGUGUGUGGGGGUGCGAGUGCGAGUUAGUUUCUACAAUGACUUGAGAAGAAGCCAUGUAUUAAAAAUAUCACAUUUAUGCUGCAGAACUGUUUUGAGGAACUGAUGGUUUGUGUUGUGGACUAACCGGCUCGCCAUAGGUUUGCGGCGCGUCGCGUCGCGUCGGGGUGCAAAUCGGACUAGCAAUAAGAAUCCCUCUGAAUCCAAAAAAGCUUUACGUAGAUCUCCUGUAUAUGAGAACGAGACUCUUCGUCUGGGUCUUCUUGGUUCUGUUUGUUUGUAUUUAGUUUGGCAGAGAAAUGAUUUUUUUUUUGUUUGUUUUUUUCCUCUAUGACAUAUAAAUGCGUAUAAAACUGUGAAAAUACAUUGUGUUCAGUUAAAGGGUGAGUUUUAGGUUAGUUUUUGUUGUUGUUGCAUGUUAAUCUAAUUUCAAUUAUGGAUGAUUUCUCCUUUCUCCAUCUCUUCUUGCGCUACACACACACACACACACACACACACACACACACAUAUAAAUAUAAAAAUAUUAUAUAAUCUCGCUCUCAGGGUCUUUCACAAAUCCAUUAUUCGAAAUGCUUCGUGUUCUUAUUUCCUGAGUUGCAACUUUUUUCUUUUCCAAGUCCUGAUUAUUUUGUCUUUUUUUUUUGGUCUUUUAUUUUUAUUUUUAAAUGAUUCAGAACUCUCAAUCACUACAUUUAGCACUUGACUGUGAACUCAUCAUCGCCUAACAGAUAAAAGAUGUCGUUGGAUGUUUUGGUGUUUUUUAAAAAAAAAAAGCCAGAAUAAUGUUGACAUUUGUUCUGUUUCUCCCGUCUCACUCAGACAUUUUGGGUCUUUUUUAAACCUGAAGUCUGAACUUUGUUUCCAGUCCCGGUUCAGAGGUCAAAGGGAACGUCGGAGAGGAGAUUUAAACCCAUCCUCCUCUUAACACAAACACACAAAGAUGCUGAACCUCAAUCAGAAAGCAUUAACACACAACCAUCACGGUUGUGUUUCCAUCCAUCCUUCCUUCCUUCCUUCCUUCCUUCCUUCCUUCGUCUGUCCUCUCUUCCCUCUGCUGUCUGUAAAACAUGACAGUGUUUCACAAAGUCAAGAGAUGUAAACCUGUUCUGUAUUCAACCCAAUAAGAAACAGCAAUAAAGAUUAUAUUAAGGAAA